GCAGUCAUGAGAGGUCAUAUUAAAGUAUCUUUGAGUUUUCUAUUUUUAGCCGCGGCGUAGUUGUCCCCUUCAUCCAGUCUACAACAAUACUUAGUAUCCCCUCAGCUUAUGUCUCGUCCAGGCGGGCAACAACUGAAAAGCCAACCUAAACUCGACUAGGCCAUCUAUCCUGUCAACAUCACCUCCAGUCAGCGUUGAGGCAGUACAAGCAACCCGAGAUAUCCAACAUAUCACUCCACUUCACCCCAUUGGGAUUGGCAUUGAGACACGCAUCCCCCAAACCAAAACCAAAACCAAAACCAAAACCAAAACCAAAAUGCCCUCCAUUCUCACCACUCUCACCCUCACCAUCACCCUCGCCCUCGCGAUUAUUACCACCGCCACCGCGACCACCGGCGCCGGCAACACGCCCGGACACCGCCUCAACAAGCGCUGCUCCCCACGCUACGACCCGGAUUUAGCCCUCGGCUACGACCCACCAGCGCCAUGCUGGCAGACGUUUGACCCUGCGUGCCGGCCCUUUCUGGCCGAGGGGACCGAGAUGACGCUCGACGCGGCGCACGGGCUGGCCGUCGUGUACGGCGUGUCGGAGCACUGCAAGACACAAAUCGUCGAGGAGCUGCGGCGCGAGGCCGCGGGCGGGAAGAACUACGACUGGGUCCAGAAGCAUGGUACUCUGACGGUUAUCCCCGGGCCGGGGGCUGAUGGUAGUGGUAACUAUAUUCUGGUUAUUUCCAAUAUGUCGGAGCAGGCUGUGGCGAGGUAUACCGGGUUGACGUACCUCUCUUGGCCUUAGGGCAUCGGCUCGUCCGAGCUGUGACGCGUGGAAGAGGGGGUUGGAGAUUAGAGGGUUAAAGAAAGUGGCUGCGGUGGUACAAGGUAUUUCGUGGUGCAAUUGGUUUGAGGGUGGGAUAGUUGAUGGGGUUAGGUCACUUGGUGUGCACUAUGGUAUAUCAACGGCUUUACUGCAAUCAAGAUUGUAUGCGGUUAUGCUAAUCUUGAGUCUCUAA